UUUUCUUAUGUUUUCCUUAUUCAAAAGAACAGCUACUGAACUUGCCGAAUCGAGCUUAAAAGCUAUCAAUAUGGACGGCCUUCGUGGCUGGCAAAAAGAGAUGCCCAUGGCUGCUUUAAAGACAGAAAAAGACAAGCAGCAUUGGGCUAUAGGCUGUGACAAAGACAUUGGUGGGUUCUCUGAAGCCCAUCUGGACAUCACACCUGAAGGCACAGGGCGUUUUCACGGCAUUAUUUCAUUAGAACUCCCCAGUAAUCGAGAGAUCAAGCAGAGUGGUUAUGCAGCUAUUCGAACCAAACCUAGAGAUCAAACCUUAUUUGGUACACCUUGUUUUGACACCAGUUUGUUUCGUUAUUUAGCUUUGCAUGUCAAGGGUGAUCGUCGUAAGUAUUUUGUGAAUAUCCAGACAGACGGUGUAGUCAAGACAGAUUUGUUUCAGCACCGUUUAUUUUUACGUACACCUGGACAAUGGGAAACAGUGAUGAUUCCCUUUAAAGACUUUAUCUUGACCAACAACGGCAUGAUUCAAGAAGACCAGAUUGACAUGUUUCGAGAGAAAGUAAAGACAGUGGGCAUUUCAUUGAUGGAUCGUCAAGAAGGUCCUUUUGAGAUUGAAGUAGAAUGGAUAAAGGCAAUGAAUACUGAGUUUACUGAAGGUGAUCUUGAUCGCAUACCACCUAAAGAAGAAUAAAAAUAAAAUGUGGUUCAUAAAUGGAAAGUG